AUGUAUUUGUGUUUACAGUAUGGAUUUAUAAACACAUGCCUGAAGUCUUUGGUGGUUGAGAAGUAUGGUGAAGAAACAUGGGAAAAAUUAAGACUGCAGGCUGGAGUCCAGGAUUCUUUCUUGACUUUUGAGGUUUACAAAGAUGAGAUCACAAUGCAGCUUGUCGACAAAGCCUGCAAAGUAUUAGGUGUUCCUGCUGACUUGGUUCUGAGAGAGUUUGGAAAGUAUUUCUUUGAAUUCUGUAAGCGCUCAGGCUAUGACCACAUGCUGAGGACACUGGGUGGAAAUCUCUAUGAGUUCAUAGAGAACCUGGAUGCAUUGCACAGCUACCUGUCCCUUUCUUACCAGGAAAUGAAUGCACCAUCUUUUAGAGUAGAAAAGAAUGAAGAUGGGUCAAUGCAUUUACACUACUAUUCAGACAGAAGAGGUCUGUGCCAUAUUGUACCAGGAAUCAUUGGUGCAGCAGCCCUGGAUUUUUUUAACAUUGAGAUUUCAAUGAAAAUAGUCAAUCAAACAGAAGAAGAGGAAAGAACUGGGAAAAAAGAACAUAUUGUUUUUCUUGUCACUCAAAACCCUGUAUUUCCAUGCAAGGAAAGAAAUGAAAUUUCUUCCUCACCUCGAUGUCUUGUUGACUCUGAAAAACAAAGUGAGAGCCAACUGAAUAAAGAGGACCUUGAAAAAGCCAAGAAUACAGUGGGAGACAGAGGAAACUCUGUCUGUCCUGUUAAGAAAAGUCACUGGAAAACAUUAAGAGGAAUAAUUGCAUUAGGAAAAGGUAAGCUCCUGAGAGGAUUUGAUCCUGUUUAUCCCAAGAGCCUCUGGAUUGACACAAAAACAUUUUGCAAUGGACUUCCUUUCCAUAUGGUUUUUGAUAAAGAGCUCAGAGUGAAGCAAGCUGGGGUGAGCAUUCAAAAGAUUGUACCUGGCGUUCAGACCAUGGGCAUCUCCUUGGAUCAGUACUUCAGGAUCGUUCACCCAGAAGUACCCUUCACCAUCUCCAGCAUUCAGAAAUUCAUCAACAGCCAAUUUGUUUUCCAGACUAGAAGAGAGAUGAUGCCAGAGUCAUGGAAACAACGGCCAAUGCUAGAGCUGAGAGGGCAGAUGAUGUGGAUGGAGUCCCUGCAGUGCAUGCUCUAUCUCUGCUCGCCUUUGCUUCGCACUUUGCACGAGCUGGAGGAGCGACAGAUGCACAUUGCAGACAUUGCGCCUCACGAUGUGACCAGGGAUUUGAUUCUUCUCAAUCAGCAGCGGCUGGCAGAGAUGGAGCUCUCUAACCAGCUGGAGAGGAAGAAGGAGGAACUGCGGAUACUGUCAAAGCACCUGGAGGAAGAGAAGAAGAAGACUGAAGCUCUGCUCUAUGCUAUGCUUCCCCAGCACGUGGCCAACCAGCUGAAAGAGGGGAAGAGAGUUGAGGCAGGAGAGUUCCAGGAGUGCACUAUAUUGUUCAGUGAUGUUGUGACCUUUACCAACAUCUGUGCCCAAUGUGAGCCUAUUCAGAUAGUUCUCAUGUUAAAUUCAAUGUACCUGCGAUUUGACAGGCUGACCACGGUGCAUGACGUGUACAAGGUGGAGACAAUUGGAGAUGCCUAUAUGGUGGUAGGUGGGGUCCCUGUGCCUGUUCCCACUCACGCUGAGCGAGUUGCUAAUUUUGCCUUGGGGAUGAUAAUUGCAGCUAAAGGAGUACAGAACCCAGUUUCUGGAAAUCCUAUCCAAAUUCGAGUUGGGAUCCAUACAGGUCCUGUCUUGGCUGGAGUUGUUGGAGAAAAGAUGCCUCGUUACUGCUUGUUUGGAGACACAGUGAAUAUUGCUUCCCGGAUGGAGAGCCACGGUGUGCCCAGUAAAAUACAUCUGAGCUCCAGUGCCUAUCAGUGCCUAAAAUACAAGAAUUUCGAGAUUACUGAGAGAGGAGAAAUAGAAGUAAAAGGCAAAGGGAAAAUGCAUACAUACUUCCUCAUUAGAAAUAAAACUGCAACUGAGAAUGAGAUUAUGGGAAGGCCAAUGAAAGACUUAGAUUCUGGCCAUGAAUCUGUUCAAUCUUUUCCAGAAGGCAGGACUGAAACAAUACCAAGUUCUCAUCAGCCAGUUACUCAGACUCAGCCAGAGAAGGACCAGACCCCAGCUAUUGCAAUGAAGUAUGUUGAUGGCCCCACAGAUGCCCAAAACAGCCUCCAAAGAAGAAAUCAAAGGAAAAUUGCAGAUUUAACAGGCAAAACUUGUGAUUCCAAAAGCGAUGGGAGUCUCCAUGGCAACCAGCAUGCAGAUGAUGGUCCCCGUCCUCUAAACCAGGGAAGAGUCAAACCUGCUGCUGAAGAGCCACAGAACAGAAAUGUUCGCUCUAAUUUUUGCACUUUACUCUAAGUUUUUUAGUUUUACAUUAAACAGAAAAAAAUUAUUAUGAUUUUCUGCAUUUUGCUGUUGUGGGACUGUUUUUUUUAUAUCAAGCACCACG